GGGCAUCAACUGAGAUAUCGCUGUCUCUUUUCUACUUUCUACAUCAUAAAAUAUCAGAAAGAAAACGAAAAGGUUUAUGUAUAAUGGCGUUUGUUAAUAUUUUUGCCUUUUGAAGUUGAAAACGUUUCAAUAUUCGCGUUGAAUAGAUUUGUAUUAGCCUAACAUCAGUACAUAAUUUAAUUGUGCGUUCAACUGAAGUUUUUCGGUACUGAUAGCGCAGAUUUAUUUUACAUAAUAUGUGUAUGAUUGAGUUUUUGUUGUCAGAAAACCUUAACAGACUGUGAUAUUAAUAUUAGUUUUAUAAAGAAUAAGUUGCUUUAUAUACAAAAAUUUUUGAUUAUUUAUUGUACAUCUAGAAUAGGAAUAUAGUAGACUUUUUCAAGUGUAACCAAAGAUUGAGAUUCGACAUGUCACAGACAGAAGACGCUGAAAAUUUAGAUAAAUCUAAAAACACUCUCGAAGUUGUUGUAAAAGAAGAUGAACAUUUGAUUAGCAGCAUGGUGUUCGAGAAAAUAGAUAUCGACUCCCCAGAAUUUGCAGAUCCGGCUAUCUUGGCAGUUCGAGAUAGCCCUAAAUAUCGUUACUCAAAAGACGAGCUUAUAGGUUUGAAGGAGGUACCGCUUUCGAAGAAGAAACCAGACUUCCUGAACACGGAGUGUGUGCCUCCCAGCAUCUGGGACCCAGAACGUUGGAACGACCACAAAAAAAAUGCCACGCCCGCAGAAGGAGCGAGCGGCAACAAGGGCGACAUCUCAUUGCAGCCGGAGGGCAGACGAGGACGACCAAGCGAUCCCAGGGAGCGCAUUAGGAAGGAGAAUGAUGGCAUUGUGCUCAGCCCACAGCGGCGCAGCUUCAACACUGGAUGCUUCGUGCCAGUGAGGGAGCAACCCCACAACGGCAGACCUUCUGGACCAAGAGCUCAUAGUCCGAUAACCGGAUCGGCCACUAAAGGCGACAACGCCCACAUCAACUCGAGGGAUAUACAACAGAACAGUAACAGAAGGAUUGGCAGCGGCAGGAUAUUGAGGGACACAUGGGAUUUCAACGACAAGAAUGAGAAUGGAGACAACGAAUAUUAUCGAAAUCAAGAUGAUAGACGUACUUUCAGGAGAGAUUUUGAUGUUACUAGAGAUAAAGAUAAGCAGCAGAGGAACAAUAUGGGAAGGUUUGGUAAUAGAAGAAUAUCUGGAAGUGAGAAGGAUGAGGAGCCUGAAUGGUUUUCUGGCGGUCCUAUGUCUCAGAACGACACCAUCGAACUCAGAGGUUUUGAAGAGAGUGAUAAGGGCGGCAGUCACAAAAAGAAGCAGCAGUCAUCUUCGUCUCAGGCGAAGCGGGUUCGUGAAUGGGCGAAGAAGAAAAAUAGCAUCUCAGAGGAUAAGCUGGAGGAGGAGCAGGAUAAUGGACAGAAGCCUCGGAAUCAGGUAGAUACGAAAGAGGAAAAAGAGAAGAACUUCCAAGAAUGUGAAACGAACAACGGACAUCGGGCUGACCAUUUAGAGGAGAAUCAAGACCAGGAACAACAAAACGAUAAUGACAAAGAAAAUCGCCAGGGUCCACCUACAGCAGCUGGUGGAAUGGAAACUAUCAACGAAAAUUCAUUCAUUUUUGACGAUAUAUUCAAGUGUGAUUCCAUUCCUGGACUUCUAACGAAUGGCGUGGAAGGAUCUGCGGAUAACAACACAAAAUCAAAAUUCAGCCGCUGGUUCAAGCGUGAAUCCCCUGACAAGGCGUCCGAAAGCAGCAGACGGUCCUCCUUGCACGAAGAGCACAUUCUGAAAAACCUCUUGAACGACAUCAACGAACCGUCAUCGACCGUAGCUGUAAAUAUUCCCCAACUGGGCAGCUCGGAUUCCUACUUCGCUCCGAUAUCGCCGGCCGCAGUGAAUGCGGGCGGAGCCGUGAGCGAAACGGGUAAUCCGAAACCGGCCGCCAGUCAGGUUAACAUCGCCGACAUGUUUCAGAGGGGUAAGCAGGUGUUUGGUGCUAAGGAAGCACAUCAGCAAAACGAAAUGCUGAACAAUAUCAAAACACAGUUUCCUGGUAAAGUUCUUAGUUUGAAUGAACUGGAGUCCAACAUGAGAAAAGGUUUAGACAUAUCUACGAAUCAAAAUCAGAACAAAAACAAAAAAGACGAUGAUAUGGCUGCAUUCCGGAGAUUGUUGGCUCAAGUUUCUGGAGGACAAGUCAUUCCUGCAAAUGGGGCCAAUCAUCAAAAGAUGCCUGCUAUGAGUUUAAUGGAGAUGUUAUCCCAUUCGCAGCAACAGGAUGAAGCGCAAGCCCGUCUAAACUCACAGAAGUCGCAUCUGAUAGGUGGUGUGUCUAGCCCGAAGACUCCCUCUCUGAAUCCGUUGCAUAGCGAAUUCCUCUUGAAAAUGCAGCAGGCUCAGCAAGAGCAACAAGCGCACCUACAACGUCAGCAACAGCAACAGGCCAAUAUGUUGAACAAGCUUAUGGGUUUACAUUCUGGCACUUCCCACCUAAGAUCGUCCCCACUACAGGAACUUGCGCAGCAACAGAGUAAGGAAUUGUUGAGUCGGCCCGAAGCACAGGCGAUACUCCAAGGCAUGAAAAGAGGUGACAUAACACCCCAACACAUCUACCAGCAGUUAGCCAACCCUGCUCUUCAACCUAGGCAUCGCGAAAUGCUCAAUGCCAUUUUGCGAAUUCAAACGCUUGGGCCAAGUCCCCGGGUCCUCAGUCCUGUGCCGCCCUCCCACCAUAUGUUUCCACAACAACAGCAAUUACGAGUGUCCCCCCUACCAAACGCGAUGCACCAGCGAAUACCCUCGCCAAGAGAGCUGCAAGUACAUACACAGAGCAUAUUGCAGAGGGCGCUCAUUAAAAAGAGACUAGAAGAACAGCAGGUUAACUUCCGUAAGAAGCAGGAGAUGCAGCAGAUGCCCAACAGCAGUUCAACAAACAAGAAUGUAUCGUCCCCGCCGACGCCUUUGGCAUUCACGCCCACCUCGGUUCUACGUAAAAUGACAGCUGAUAAGGAGGAUGGAAAUAAGGAUUCCAAGAACAUAGAGGCUAACAAGUUUCAACAGGGCAGAGCUGUAGUUGGAGCCAGAAUGCAACAACAACCUCAACAGCAGAACAACCAGUGGAACAGUCAGUAUCACUCAAAACAACCGGGCCGUCCAAUUGUAAAAGCCAACGUAGGCUAUCAAAAUACUGCUCCCGAACAAUUCUUUAACGUUCAUCAACAACAGUUGUUGUUCAACCAGCAACAAUGUCGACAACAGCAGCCUGUUUCUGGAGGGCAGUUCAACCAACAUCAGAAAUCGUCUCAACAAAAUACAGCAGGCGUUUCCUCUUUGGGUUAUAUCAGUCAGUAUUCUAACCAGUCUAACCAGCAACCCCAACAGUUUCCACAGCUGACACAGCAGCAAUUGCGCGCGCAGCAUCAACAGGCACUUCCGGUAUCGACCAACACCCAGCCAGCACAACAACAACAGCCAACUCAACAGCAAAGUUGCCAGAAUUUUCCCCAACAGUCACAUCAAAACACGGCUUGGCAGCAGUUCCUCAGUGCUGCAGCAAUCAAGCAAAGUAGUCGUAACAACAGUGUUCGCAAAGAAGACGAUAGUUCCAGCACUACGGCCAAUAAAAGCAGCAGUAGUUCCACUAACCAGCUAUCCCGUUGGUUCUCGUCUGAUCUAUUGGAGAGAGCUCGAGUCGGUGAGCUACCUAGUACAGUGGGCUUGGCCGAGCAUGCUAUCAGUCUCGAGGAAAUUGAGAGACAAUCAGCGCCCCCUAUUCAUAACUAAUGUACCUGGCUUUUUACGCUGAUUGAGUGAUACAUUUCAACGAACUCAAAGAAGAUCCUGCAAGAAGUCGCUAGAGAAUACGUUUUUACAGUUGUCCACAAGAAGUAACUGAUUGUCAAUUUUUUAAUGUAACUGAUUCACAUGUAACGAAUAAAGAUAUAAAUUUUUUGAUCGUUACAAAUAAUAUGGAAAAGUGGUUUUGUUCCAAAAAAUAUAUAUUCAAAGUGGUGUCUCGUAGGGAUUUUUCGAAAAAUAGAUUAUUAUUUUCGAGUUAUAAUAAAAAAAAAAGAAUGUUCAUUUCCGGUUUGAUGUGUUUUCUGAAGAAUUUUUGUUUAAUUUGAAUGACAAAAAUGGAACGAAACCAUUUGUUGGAUAGUGAUUAAUAUAUGUUUUAAUCCUGUAUAUGUUGAAUUUGAAUACAUAUUGUAAAUCAUCGUGAACAUUUUAAAGAUUCUGAUGUUUUUUAAUUUUUAUUUGGGUUCAAAAUGUGUAGUCACAACCGAUAAAUAUUUAUUUUCAUGAUGGUUUGACUUGAACAUCUCAUCAUGACAAUUUGCUACAUUCCUCACGGGAAUUAAAGACGUAUUUGUAUAUUCCUUUUUGAAUCCAUAACCUUGUUAAUUAAGAGUGAAUCAACUUUUGUACUAUGUCCAAAUCCAAUAUUAUACUUUCGAUUUUUUUGAUACUUCACUUUUUAAAGCAGGAAAACCGUAUCUCCAUUUUUCAUGUCCUGAAUAUUGCCGUGAUUGUUUGACAAUUAAAAAUGUUUAAACUA